AUGAUCACAUCACCAACAUCCCAGACUCCCGCCACCACCACACCCCAAACCUCAAACAGUCAGGAUAUCCUUUCCACCACCAUCAUCCUACAUAUAAUCGCCUUCGCCCUCGCCCUCGCCACCAUCCCCAUCCCAUCCCAUCCCUCACCGACCUCUCCACUUCAUCACAAUAUAUCCAAAACCGAACCCGAAACCGCCGAUAUCGUCGCGCAAAAGUACGGUGAGGAAACGCCAAGUGCUAAUGUGACGCUGGUGGGAUGUUCCGGGGGGGCUCCUGGAUCCGGCCCUGGUGAUGGGGUGAUGAGAUGGGGUGGUCCUAGAAGGUGGGUUUGCGUUAUGUAUUGUGGUGGCGAGGUUGAGGGUUUUGAGGGUCUUUGUAUUACCUAUGCUGGAUUGGAUGGUACAGAGUAUGGGGUUGACAUGGGAUAA